AAGUCACUGACACUUCCUUUCGUGGUCGAGUUGGUAGAUAACGAAGUGUCACAAGGACGGUGAAAGUGAACAUGGCCCCCAGCAUGCAAUUGGACGAUGUAAAAAAGGGAAUUCGGGCAAUCCUUCUCGGACCCCCUGGUGCUGGGAAAGGAACACAGGCGCCUCGGUUGGCAGAGCAGUACUGUGUGUGUCAUCUGGCCACGGGGGACAUGCUGAGGGCCAUGGUGGCGUCUGGCUCUGAGCUCGGCAAGAGGCUCAAGGAGACCAUGGAUGCCGGGAAACUGGUCAGUGACGAGAUGGUGGUAGAACUCAUAGAAAAGAACCUGGACACGCCUCCCUGUAAGAAGGGGUUCCUAUUGGACGGAUUCCCACGCACAGUGACACAAGCAGAGAUGCUGGAUAACUUGCUGGAGAAGCGCACCGAGAAGCUGGACUCUGUGAUUGAGUUCUCCGUUGACGACUCCCUACUGGUGCGCAGGAUCUGUGGCAGACUAAUUCACCAGCCUAGCGGUCGCUCCUACCAUGAUGAGUUCAACCCACCCAAAGAGCCCAUGAAGGAUGACGUGACAGGGCAGCCGCUGAUGCGCCGCAGUGACGACAACGCGUCGACGCUGCGCUCGCGGCUGGAGGCCUACCACCGGCAGACGGUGCCCUUAGUCAAGUACUACAGCGCCCGCGGCCUGCACAAGGCCGUUGACGCCGCCCAGUCCCCCGACGUCGUCUUCGCCUCUAUCCUCGCCGCCUUCUCCUCGGCCACAGCCGCCCCCUGUAAAGACCUGGUGCUCUUCGUCUAAGCUCCCUUCCACUUCAGUCGCUUCUUCACUCUCAGGACUCUGCUGUUUGAUCCCUGCUUCUCCAAUCCUGGCAAUGGAAACAAGCGGGAGGGGAAGGAGGAACUGUUGUACUGUAGCACCUAAUUUUGAAAUGUUUCUGGAGGAUGAGUGAGCAUAAUGCAGUGCAAUCUACCAGUAAUAAGUGAAGCCAUCUUGGAAUUGACUUUGAUUAUGUUUCCCUUCUAAUAAAAAGAUGCUUUUCUACAACCAUGA